UCUCGCAGCCCUGCAUCUCCAUCUGUGACGAGACCUGAGCCCGUUGCCCAGGAGCUCGUGUGUCUGAUGCCAGAAGCAGCACGUCAUCCGUCAGCAGAGCCGACUGUCACACUUCCUGUGUCAGAGGGGCUCCUGAUUUCUCCUGAGACAUCUGCAGAGCCCGGUCAACUGCCAACUCCACAGAGAGGGGAAAGUGAGCCAUUACCCAGGCCAAUAGCCUUCCCCACCGGUCCUCCUCCACAGCUUCCUGGCUGCCACCAUGAUGUCGGCCAGUGGACCUGUUCACAGCAGCAGAGGUCUGAUGAAGACGAGCUGGAAGCUAUUGGUUGCUUCUGUGGGAUGGGACUGAAGCAGGGCCCAAACAGUCCUCACAUUCACACCGGGUUCCCUGAGGUAGCAGGGAAGUACGUUUAUUGUCCUGCCAAAGUACUUUCCCUGUACAGAGACCAGGGCAUGGAGAAGGAGAUGACGUGGAGAGAGUUCCAGGCGUCUGACUUCUAUGAGACGGGAAAAACAGAUGGGCCGUUGACAAGAACCAAGAGCAAGGUAACCAUCGCUGCGGGCGUGUUCUUCAUCGUCGGUGGCAUCCUGUGCCUGAUCCCCGUGUGCUGGUCUGCACACGUGAUCAUCAGAAACUUCUACAACCCCAUGAUGACGGACGGCCAGAGGAGGGAGCUCGGAGCGUGUCUGUUCAUCGGUUGGGGAUCAGCAGGACUCUUGUUGAUUGGAGGGUCACUUCUCUGCUGCCAGUGUCCGCAGCGUAAAGACAGCGUAUACCCGGUCAAAUAUUCUGCCCCACGCUCAGCAGCUCGUGGAGGAGACUAUGUUUAA